AUGGCCUCUACCACAGGCACCAUGAGGGGGACCCCGAGUCGCGGCGGCAAUCGAGGCACGGUGCCAGCAUUCCCCAACACCAACAGUCCGGCCUCGAGUAUCCCACGCCCGACUCUGGAAAAUCACACCACCCAGAGCGAAGCUGGCGGAUCGAGCAUGAGUGUGAGCAGGCAGAAGCAAACCAAGAAAGAUGAGGCAAUCCGAAGAAAGAUCGAGACGGAUCUCAGCAAGAAGAGGCAUACCACCAGUCGGGCCAGACAGACCCGAAAAGCCCCCCCUGGAACCGUCCUCGCUCUCCGCCCGAGUCAAGCUCUCCAGAUCAAGCCCAACACCACCGUCGCCGAGGCUGCGCAGCUGAUGGCCGCAAAGAGGGAGGACUGCGUACUGGUGACCGACGAUGAAGACCGGAUUGCCGGUAUCUUCACCGCAAAAGAUCUGGCAUUCCGGGUCGUUGGAGCCGGGAUCAAGGCCGGCAAUGUGACCAUUGCCGAGAUCAUGACCAAGAACCCGCUCUGUGCGAGGACGGAUACAAGUGCUACGGAUGCUUUGGACCUUAUGGUCCGAAAGGGCUUCCGCCAUCUUCCCGUGAUGGACGAGAACCAAGAUAUUUCGGGUAUCUUAGAUAUUACAAAGUGCUUCUACGAUGCCAUGGAAAAACUGGAACGCGCCUACAGCUCCUCGCGGAAGCUCUACGAUGCAUUGGAGGGUGUUCAGUCAGAGCUUGGGUCGAGUCAACCCCAGCAAAUCAUCCAAUAUGUGGAGGCUCUGCGAUCGAAAAUGUCGGGGCCCACGCUGGAAUCAGUCCUCGACGGCAAGCCCCCGACCACCGUCUCCGUCCGGACAUCGGUGAGAGAAGCAGCGGCAUUGAUGAAGGAGAACCAUACCACUGCGGUAUUGGUCCAGGACCAAGGCUCGAUCACUGGUAUAUUUACCAGCAAGGAUGUUGUACUGAGGGUCAUCGCACCUGGGUUGGACCCUGCGACUUGCAGUGUUGUCCGUGUUAUGACCCCACACCCUGAUUUCGCUCCCAUGGAUAUGAGUAUCCAAGCUGCCCUCCGAAAGAUGCACGAUGGCCACUACCUGAAUCUCCCAGUCAUGAACGAGGCCGGAGAAAUCGUCGGAAUGGUCGAUGUUCUCAAGCUGACCUAUGCUACCCUGGAGCAAAUCAAUACCAUGUCCACCGGGGACAGUGAAGGUCCGGCAUGGAAUAAAUUCUGGCUCUCGCUUGAGAACGAGACGGAAUCGAUCAUGUCUGGGGAGGGCAGUCACCACCACACCCAAGGAGCGAGAUCAUUAAUGUCACCUGACAUGUCCCGGGGCCAUGAGCGGAUCGUUGACGCCAGCGUUGCGCCCGGAGAUUCUGCAUCUCACAUUGGGGUCGAGUCACCACCUCACUCGGUUGUCACUAGCCCAGCGGAACAGAAUGUGGAUGAGAUCCCCUUCCCAUUCAAGUUCAAGGCUCCCAGCGGCCGUGUUCACAGACUUCAGGUCAUUGCGGCCAAUGGAGUCGCAGAGCUCAUCGAUGCGGUUAUCUCCAAACUUGGCGCAGAAGUCGACGCCGUUGGAGGCAUGGCAACUUCCGAGAACGGUAAAGUUGGCGCUUCUGGGUUUGCCCUCAGCUACUUGGACGAUGAUGGAGACACCGUUGCUAUCACCACGGACCACGAUUUGCUGGAUGCCAUUAUUCUUGCCCGUCAAGGACACCGUGACAAGGUCGACUUGUUCGUUCACGACCCCGAGAAGCCCCCUAUUAGCGCCACUCUGGAUCCCCGUCUCGUCAUCCCUAACGAGCCGACCCCACCUCCAUCUUCCAUCCGCGAGCGAAAGAAGAUUAUUUCCGAGGAUGACGAGAGCGACGAGGAGCUGCCAGUCAAACGCAGAAAAAAUACCUCCCCGCCUGUCCAACAGCAGGCCGUUGCUGGUGUCCCGAACGAGCUUUUGCUACCUGGGGCGAUUGUAACUUUAGCGGUGGUUAUCGUUGGUGUGUUUACUUUGACUCGCUUGACGAGCCGUAACUAA